CCCGCAUCCAAAACAAGGAAAUGGUGCCCGGUGCGGUGGCUGGGUGUUUCUACGCCUAACGCUCCCGUGACCGCUGGUCCUAUCGCCGCCUUCCCCCUCCCCUCCGCCCCUUCCAUGGGUGAGAGGCAUGGACUACGAGUUCAAAUCCAAGCUGGCGGCCGAGCGCGAGCGGGUGGAGGAUCUUUUCGAAUACGAAGGCUGCAAAGUCGGGAGAGGCACCUACGGGCACGUCUACAAAGCGCGGCGCAAGGACGGAAAAGAUGAGAAGGAGUAUGCACUGAAGCAGAUUGAAGGUACAGGGAUAUCCAUGUCAGCAUGUAGAGAGAUAGCACUUUUGCGAGAACUGAAGCACCCUAAUGUAAUUGCAUUGCAGAAGGUGUUCCUUUCUCACAGUGAUAGAAAGGUGUGGCUGCUGUUUGAUUAUGCUGAACAUGAUUUGUGGCAUAUUAUCAAGUUCCAUCGUGCCUCAAAAGCAAACAAAAAACCCAUGCAGUUGCCAAGAUCUAUGGUCAAAUCACUACUUUAUCAGAUUCUUGAUGGAAUCCAUUAUCUCCAUGCAAACUGGGUGCUUCACAGAGACCUAAAACCAGCAAAUAUUCUGGUAAUGGGAGAAGGACCUGAAAGAGGAAGGGUCAAGAUAGCUGAUAUGGGCUUUGCGAGAUUAUUCAAUUCUCCUCUGAAGCCACUGGCAGAUCUGGAUCCAGUUGUGGUAACAUUUUGGUACAGAGCUCCGGAACUAUUACUUGGUGCAAGACACUACACAAAGGCCAUUGAUAUAUGGGCUAUUGGCUGCAUAUUUGCAGAGCUAUUGACUUCUGAACCUAUAUUUCACUGUCGUCAAGAAGACAUCAAAACAAGCAAUCCUUUUCACCAUGAUCAACUUGAUCGAAUAUUCAGCGUAAUGGGAUUUCCUGCAGGUGACAAAGACUGGGAAGACAUAAGGAAAAUGCCAGAAUAUCCUACACUUCAAAAAGACUUUAGGAGAACAACGUAUGCCAAUAGUAGCCUCAUAAAAUAUAUGGAAAAACACAAAGUGAAGCCUGACAGCAAAGUAUUCCUUUUGCUGCAAAAACUUCUUACUAUGGAUCCUACAAAAAGAAUUACCUCAGAGCAAGCUUUGCAGGAUCCCUAUUUCCAGGAAGACCCACUUCCUACAUCAGAUGUGUUUGCUGGCUGCCAGAUUCCUUACCCUAAACGGGAAUUUCUUAAUGAAGAUGAACCUGAGGAAAAGGGGGAUAAGAAUCAACAGCAGCAGAACCAACAUCAGCAACAAACAGCACCUCAACAACAGCAAGCAGCACCUCAGCAGCAGCAACAAAACAGUACCCAGACAAAUGGAACUGCAGGGGGAGGUGGAGCAGGAGGCGGUGGCCCUGGGGCAGGUCUCCAGCAUAGCCAGGACUCCAGCCUCAACCAGGUGCCUCCAAAUAAGAAACCACGUAUAGGGCCUUCAGGCAAUAAUUCAGGCGGGCCUGUUAUGCCUUCUGAUUAUCAGCACUCCAGUUCACGCCUGAAUUACCAAAGCAACAUUCAGGGAUCUUCUCAGUCCCAGAGUACAAUGGGCUAUUCUACAUCAUCUCAGCAAAGCUCUCAGUACCAUCAGUCCCAUCAGUCUCACCGGUACUGAAGAGGCCUCACACACAUUAUUAGAAAGGAAUGGACUAACGUCAAAGGACUCCAGCAAUAUGAAGUUCAUAAAUAGUGAGAAGAACCAAAAAUGCAAACUGUGAUGCAGAUUUUAAAAUCGCAAUUAUAAAAGGAAAAUUUUUAUUUACUAAUUGUUUUCGGACAAAAAACGUUCUUAUUCCUUUUUGCCAUAAAGGAGAUUCUUGUGAAGUUUCCCUCAGCUUGCUCUCGCAUGCGUUCUAUUGUGGUUACUCGAAUGAAACCGUCUGAUCUGAACCCAGCACUUAAACGUCUUUAUCCUAUGGAAUUUUUGAAGGAUUCCUGCACCUUUCUUGUGUUUGUAGUAAUUGCCAUAAAUCUAUCUUUCUUUUUUCAAAUCCCUUUACUGGGGUUUUAAAGUUUUUGAAAUAUUGAAUUCCCAGGCUUUUCAAGCUUGUAUAUAGUUAGUUUUUUACUAGGCAAACCCGUUUUAGCUAUACAGGUAUAAUGCACCUUUGAAAAGCACUAUGUUGUUUUCACAGGAUAUUACUGUUUUGAUCAUGGAUGUCAAGAACAGCAGAUUUUACUGUUCCAGAGUAUUUUAUUAUUCUCUUUUUUUAUUAGUCUAGUUUUCAGAUGAGGUCUUUAAAAAAAACAAAGAAAAGAAAAGAAAAAAUUUUCAACCCAAGUCUCUGCAGCAACGAUUACAUGUUCUAUGUUCUGACUGAACACCAAAACAGAAGGUUUUGAAUGUUAUUUUAUCAUUCAGAUGAAAUCCCAUAGAUCAUUGGCCAUUUCUUCCAUGUGGGUUGACUUUAAGCUGUCUUAACAGCUAAAUGAAAACAAAUAUUGUUGUGGCUCCAAUAGAACAAAUAUAUGCCAUGCUGUCUUCUCAUGCAGUGGAGUCUUCUCUAGUAGUUAACUGUAUUUUGAGCUCUACCCUGGGUGUUCAACAUCAGUGGGAGAAAGGGCAAACAAGGAAACUGUGUUACUACUUUGGGGGCAGGGUGGAUUAGGUAUGCUUUUUAACCCAUGUUGGUAUACUCCUUAAUCUUCUCUGAUGCAGCCCUCCAGUUCAGUUUUGAUGAUCCUGAAACUUACAGCAAAAAACGCAAAAAAUGCUGUGGCACCUUAAAAGAUGAACAGUUAUAUUGUAGCAUGAGCUUUGGAGGCAACAGCCUACAUAUAGGAUAAUUUGCAGUCAGCUUGACUGCUUUGGCUACGGGAGGGGGAUGUUCAUUGUUCUAACCAGAUCAAAUAUUUAAAGAGAAGUUGUUGAACAAUGACUUGGUGUUUAUGUUUCUCAUGUGUAAAAUGCAUAUUAUGUUACCUUGCCGCUGCUAUAAUUAUCCCAAAUUAAUUGCACCAGGUAAACCUGGCUGUACUGAAAUGUUUCUUUUUUUCUAAGGUUAGACAUAUUGUGAUCGUACCAAAGUCAUGUUUGUGUACUCGACAGGCACCUAGAAAAGGAAACAUCAGAGUUCAUAAGCAUGUGGAUCAUUGUCUAACUUCUGUGAUCAGAAGAAACAUGUAAUUUGAGGCAGUUCCCCUUUUCUCAGAUGUUUAGAAACACAACUUUAUCCAGGGCUCUGUGUAUUCUGCAGUUCUACUCAGAAUUCAACAAGUGAUAACUCUGAACUUCCCCCCACAAAAAGGCAGUUUCUCACCAUUGAGGCUUGAAAAUGCGUGAGUGGUGCCUGGUGGAACUUCAGAAGGUAAGACAGUGGAGAUGAACAGGAUUUCUAGGUUGGUGGGGCUUCCCUGCCUACCAGGCGCUUUCCUCACCAUGACGAGCAAAAGUAGAAUACAAACUAUGCUAAUCUGCUGUAGUUACACAAGCUUCAGAAAUCUACUUUUCCUUAGGGUUGCCAACAACAUGGAUAAAAAAUGUCUUAUCCCUUUAACAGGAGAUUAAUGUGUGGAAAUGAGUAGUUGAAGCUUUUCAUGGCAUGGAGGUAAACAACAUCAUCAGGUAAAUGCAUGUGUGUUAUAUGCUGUCAAGUUGCUUCCAACUUAUGGUGACCCUAUGACCUCUAAAAUGUUCUGUCAUUGACAGCCUUGCUCAGGUCUUGCAGACUGAAGGUUGUGACUUUCUUUACUGACCUGGCAAAUAACAUCCCAUUAAGCCACUAUUAAAGAAGCAGCAUUUUUUUCCUCCAGAUUGUUGGCAACACUAGCAUUCCUGCAUGCAGAAUUUAGAUUAGUUUGGUGGAGAGUUCCCGCCCCCCCUGCAGAGUACGCUCAGCUGUGACUUCAUUGCACUAAAACUGAGAAGGCAUAUAGACAGCACCCAGUACUUUAAGAUAAAAGAUACAUAGAUAUAUUCAGUUCUAAAUCACAGGCCCAUAGACAAAAAUACUGAACAUUUUGCACUGAUUACAGUAGAAACUAUCAAAGCAGUAGGUCAGUUUGCUUGGAGGGCAAACUUUCUUUAAUCCCUAAAGUAGUAAAGAUAUUCUUGUCUAGUAUAUGUUCCCUCUCCACUUUAAAGAGCUGCUCUAGUGUAAGCUUGACCAUAUUUGUCAUAGGCGCCAUUCCAUUUGUCAAUGGCAUCAGGAGGUGACUCCCUGGAGAGAGCCAAAAGAUAAUUCAUCAGAGAAUGGACAGAACAGAGGGAGAAACGAAAAGGAAUUAUAUUCAAGAUAAAAAUAGCUAGUUGGAUCCCCCCAGUUUUAUUCCUUAUGAUACAUUGUAUGUCUGAAGUGGUUUUGUUGGAUGAAACUAAAGUUAGAUUUGUAUGAACUUCAGUCAAACUGUUGUUCCUCUAUGUUACAAGUUUGUCAUUUAUGGUCUUUUUGAAUCUGAGGUAAAUAUAGGAUAUAAGCUUAAACAUUAUUGACUUUUACUUGGACUAGUUUUUGUCUUCUCCUUUUGUUGCUUUGUCCUCCAAUUCGCUAUUGCUUGUAAUUCAUCAUACAGCUUAAAUACACCAGAUUGCAGUGAAGUCAGCACUGAGAUUUAAGUGUGCUUAGUUGAGUCUCUCUUUGGGGGGGGGGGGGGUUGUCCUGUCCUUUGGUAAGUUCUGUCCAAAUGUCAGUUCCCUGCAUGCAGUGUAACUACCUGUGUUUAAAUGUGCUUUAUCUCCAUGAGCUUCCAAUCCCCUAGAAUAAUGGCCAGGAUUAUUGUCUGUAGUGACAAAUUAUUUGCAUAUUUGUUGGAAAUAAUUUGCUUGCUAUGCCCCAUUUCCCUGCAGUGUCUGUGCACACAGAAUGGCCUUCCAAAUAAGCAUUGACAGGGGAAUAGAUGAAAGUAUAGGUUUACAUUUCUGAAGUGUUUACUGCACUCUUUCCCUAUUUGUACCUUGGCUUUUGGGCAUACUUGGCCUUUUUUGAUGAGCUAUAUGUGUAUAAUAAGAUGAGCAUCUCGUAUAUUGCAGGGCUAAGUGAGUCAAGAUGAGGUAGCUUUGUUUCAGGGGAAAUUUCAUGAAUCAAAACUGUUUCAUGUAAAGUUAAUCAUAUGUUGUAUGUUAUAGAAACACAGGAGGACACAGAUUUUCAUAAGCAUGCAGCUGUGCUAAUUCUUACUUGUAUAUGUAACUUUGAUAUCAUUUGCAAUCUCUCGUUUCUGUCACAUUGUCUCCAGGAUGUAAAUGCUGAUACAAGUCUUGCUACUUUGGGAAACAGUUAACCCUCAUUCUAUGCUGUUCCUCUUCUGGGUUUCAGAGAAACAAAGCAGGAGAAAUAGGCUUAGCAGAGAGGAAAUCUUUUAUAGCACAGACUGCAUAAUGAAGGAAGAAUCUUGUGAAAACUGCAAGUCCUGCACUGUAUCUGUGACACUGUAUCUUUGGGGGUGGGCAUGGGUUGGGGCAGGGUGGGAUGGAUGGGAGGGCAUCCGGAGGCUAGGGAGGGGGAAGCUUGAAGUAUUUGAUUGUGUAUAAUAUUUUAUGUAAACAUAAUAAGCUUAGUUCCCUUUCAUAAUCUUCAGUGAUGGUACUUAAGCAACAUAAGCAAAGAUAACUGUAGUAGGAUAAAAUAAGCAUUGUACAUAAAGCCAUGUGUAAUCUCAACAUUUUGCCACACCAGAACGAUGUGUAUUGCUUUAUGGGAAAAAAGUCCUUAAUGCACUGCUAUCUCCUAAAUAUUUAGUAGUAAAUUAAUACUAUUUAAUUUUUUAAAGAAAUUUGUCUUGUGUAGACACUAAAAAGUAUUACACAAUGUGGACUGAUGUCCCUUUUUAACAGCAGUUUAAAUAAUGUUUUAUAUCUGUAAUCUAAUAUACUUCUGGAAUUGUUGUAGUUUGUAUUUUUCUCAUGUUAACUAUUUGUGGAAAUGUGCCUGACUUCAGUUUUCUUUUUUAUAUAAUUUCACAUAUUCAUCUUCCAUUCCUGUAAGGGUUUUUUGUUACAUAGUUUUGUGUCCUCUCAUAUGCUGUUUCAAUUGGUCAGUGUGAGGGCCCACGUGAAACAAUAUAUUCUAUGGUGGCAAACUCUUUCCCAAUGCAGAUUUUAUUUCUCAUUUGUUUAUAUUUGAAGAUGUAUUUGAAAUGGAGUAUUUACAUUUAAGUGCAUCUCCAUCCCCAGUGAAGUCAACAUACAAACACCUCACACAUUCCUUCCUGCUCCAUGUCUGAUUUUUCGAAGUCAGAACCAUUUCGAAGUCAGAACAAGCUUGGGUCUUGGUUGGCUGUCUUGCUGGUGGGAAAGGAAGACGCUUGCAGCUACUAGCAAUGGCCCAACAUGUUCCCAAAGUGGCGGGGGGAGUCUUGCUUGCUAGUUCUUUCUGCCCCCACUCACCUCCUCUUCACCUGUUGAAGCAAGGUAGCUGCUCAGUAGCUGGUUAUAAGAAGCACCCAGACCAAUAGGCUUUGCAUUUACUGUUUUAAGGUGUCCUCAUAUUGUUCUUGAAAGACUGUUAAAAACUAUGCUUUCGUUCCUUGCAUAUAUUUUUUAUUCUUGGUUGUAAUUAAAUUGAAUUGCUUCAGUGUGAAUUUUUUAA